UUUUGGGACGGGGAGGGUGUUGUUGGGUUUGAGCAGGUGUGCUUAUGCGGUGGAAAGUGAGAGUGAUUUCAUUUUAUGGAAAAAUAAAAAAAUAAUUGUGGCUUAGAAAUGGUCUGAGUUGGAGCCCGAAAAUAAUGAAUUUUACAACUUUCGGGGGGCACUUCCCCACAUCGAUUCCUGUACAUCAGUUUCCAGGGGGGAAGUUCAGUCAUGAAACCAACAAUGGGGCAAUCAAUGGUGUCAGCAGCCAGAACGUCUCUGUGUCAGUGAUGACAGAGGAGCCCAUGGUCAGUUCAGCGAACAGGUACUCAAACCAUUACGGGGGGCACGAACAUAACCCAAUGCCGGUGAAGUAUCAACGGGAUAGCAGCACACAGAUUGGGAAUGGAAUGAUUCCUGUUUCGUCGCCGGCACCUCAGCAGACCGAGAACAUCCACUACACAGUGUACAGCCACAACGCGCAAGAGAGCAUCAAGCGGCCACAGUAUAAUGAAAACGUCCAAGAGGUGAAGAACGAGGAGAAAGAAGAAAAUCGGGAGUAUACAACGAUCAUCCAACAUCAGCAGCAACCAGGGAUGCCUCCCACGUGGCAGAGUAUCGCCACUCCCGGGUCAACAGUUGCUGACUAUUUAUCCCAUCUGCCUGCAUCUACCCUGCCUAUAUCACUCCACCAUUUUUUGAAGUACUCAACAGAGACAACAACACUUAAGAAAGAUGUUGAGACAUCCAUGGAAUCCCCUCCGGACCAUUCGCAACAUCACGAACACAAUCACGAGCAUUUGCAACACCAUGAGGAUAACCAUUCAGCACCUCUUUCACCUCUUUCACCUUCAAAGAGGAAGAAGAAGAAGAAGGUUGUGAAAGAGAAGAAGCCAAGGCCCAAACCAGGAGAGAUUCGGUUGACAACAGCCCUUGAUGGGUCUACCCUCUACUGUUGUCCUGAAUGUCACAUGGCAUAUCCAGACAAGGGUUUACUGGAACAGCAUCUUUUGGGACACACAAUGGAGCGCAGGUUCUUCUGUGAUAUCUGUGGUGCUGGGCUAAAACGAAAGGACCAUCUAACCAGACACAAGCUAAGCCACAAUCCUGAUCGCCCGUUUGUGUGCACCGUUUGCAUGAAAGCAUUUAAACGCAAAGAACAGCUGACAUUACACUUUGUCAUACAUUCGGGUGAGAAGCGGCAUAUAUGUCCCGAGUGCGGCAAGGGGUUCUACAGGAAAGAUCAUCUGCGCAAACACACGCGGAGUCACAUCGCACGGCGUGUCAAGGCAGAGUUGAGUCAGCACGCGCCAGCUCCUUUGCCAGGGGCUGAGCAAUCCUGAGGGCGGGGGCAAGGGGGGUCCCAACCCCCCGCCGAUAUGAUGGCAUUUGUGUCUGCAGCUCGUGAGGCCUUCUAGGCUAGUUAAAUUGAGGUAGCAGGCCAGGCGAGUAAACAAAAUACUCCCCGCAGGUAAAAUGGCUUAAAGAUAUAUCACACUAGUGUCUCCUUUUGGAAAUUAUAAUUUUUCAAUUACAUUUCAUUAAUUUGAAAUGCUGAAAAGUGUACUUAAUACAGAAAAAUUUCCACCAAAGUUUGAAUUUUUUGUCUAAAAAUGGCAUUUUUACAUGAUUAUUAAUUUUUAAUUUCUGCAAUGAAAAAUUAAAUCCUUUCAGUUGUUACUUAUUUAUACAAAAGCAUAUGCAAAUUUUCGAAAUUUUUAUUUACAAUAAUUUUGUUUUUCUAUUAAAUUUUGGUUUACAAAUAAAAAUUCCAAGUACUGUUAAACUAACUUUAAGUACAUUUUAGUUUAAUACAAAUAUAUUUGAGUAAAAUGAGGUGUGCUUUAUUAGAAAUUAAAACUUUAGUUUAUAGGUGGAUAUAAUUAGUGAGAACUGAAAAUA